CGGGGUGCCCUCGGUUUUCUGCUCCGUUGGCCAACGCGGGUGGGCAGCCGGGUCCGGAACGGCUAGGGUUGCGGAGGGAAUCCAGACCAGCAAGAAGUAAACAGAGACAUGUGAAGUACAUUUGGGUUAUUCUGUUUGCCACCUCUCUGAGGAAGCUUGAGCAGGUAGGAAGGAAGGAUGGUGAAAAUGGAGACCUCCAGUACAUCCAGAGAUUUUCAGGAGCUGCAGAAGAAGCUAGCUUCCCUGAUCGAUUCCAUCCAGAGCAACUCCAAGGUGAUUGCUUUUAUGAACUCUGCCAUUGGUCAGUACCUAGAUAAACAUCCUUUUGUUGCCUUGACCUUGCUGAUGUUCCUCAUGAUAUCUGCCAUCCCUAUUGGAUUCUUCCUGCUGCUUGUGGUCCUGAUGUCUCUGGCUGCCUGUGUUGGAGUUAUAUUAGUGGAAGGAGUUGUGAUUUCUAUAGGCGGCCUCACUCUGCUGUGUGUGCUGUGUGGCUUGGGUUUCGUAUCGCUGGCCAUGUCCGGGACACUUAGCGUGUGUUAUGUGGUUCUCUCCAGCCUCACCAACUAUUGGUUCUCUUUCAGCUCGCCGAAGCAUCAGCAAAUCCUUGGAAACAAGUGCCCAAUGACUGUCCAGUAUCCUGAUUCUACCAGACACGACUGAGUGAAACCAGUGCUUUGUCUUAAAGGCUUUGGGAAACAUGCUGUGUAUACAACAUUAGAUUAUGGAUUUUUUUCAGGGUGCAAGACUAAUAGGAUAGGUAGGUGAACACCACUAUAGAAAUAUUCUUUAGUAUUUUCAGGGUUGAUUGUUGCAGGAUCCCUGGGAGAACAGGAUCCUGGAGGAUUCACAGGGUCCUUGGGCUAUUGAUGUCAUGUAGGCUCUGUUAUGGGGCUAUACUCACAGGAGCAGUACUGCCAACUCUGGGAAAUGACACAACUCCCUCCCUUUCCCCAGCUCUCUUCCAGAGUAAAAGACUAAAAAAACCCUUCCUGGACAAGGAGGCUGCUAGUAGUCUAUAAAAGCCCAAACAUAUGUCUUGGGUCUCAACAUCUAAGAGCCCAACUUGUAUAGAUAUGGGUGUUUAUUCAAAGCACAUUGGCAGAUUGUCCUCUUUCAUUUGGAGUCGGGGAAUGGGGAGAAAAAGAAACCCUUAAGCCUUAAUUGCUUUUAUCAGAAUAAUAACAUUUGGGUAUAUCAGGAACCACUUAUUCAAGACUGAAAUUCUGCUAGUGGAUUUUAGCAUUAAAGGUAUUUGGACUAAAAGAAAUACUCUCCAGAUUUCAUGUACUGUUAAUUUUUUUAACGGUUUAUUAAAAAAACAAAACAAAAAAAA